UUGCAGAGGCGAGGUCGCAAAAGGGCCCGAAGAUCAAGUACUCGGGACGAUGACGAGCCCUCUGAUGAACCAGUUUAUUGUAUUUGUCGGUCUUCUGUGUGUGACACCUUUAUGAUUGCAUGUGAUGCUUGUGAGGAGUGGUACCAUGGGGAGUGCAUAAACGUCACCCCUAAGCAAGCAGAAUGCAUCCAGAAAUUUUACUGCCAGGCAUGUAGAGAUGAGAAGCCUGAAUUACAGAUAGAAUUCAAACCGGAUCAUAUGAAUGGGCGUCACUCCUACGGGAGUCGGCAUCGGCCUGCAGAUAUUUCUUGCUCCACGAUGGGUGAUGCGGAUGAUUACGCGGAUAGAUUUGGCAGCAUUCAGUCGCGCAAGCGUAGCAGCAAACAUUCCCAACCUCUGCAGCCUAAAUCUCGUAGAGUUCCCAGCGCAGUGCCUACUCGGCUCGGUGAAUCUUCAGAGGACGAGUUUGACCUUGAUCACUCGCAGUUCGCAUCUCCGUCGUCGAGUUACUCGCAGUCUCAUAUUGGGCCUUAUUCUUCCCGUUCGAAGUACGGUCGUGUUACACUACCAACCUACGAGAACUCAAAUUGUGUGGAUUUUCAGCAGUGGCGUCGUCCUUUUUCUCGAAAUAGAUCUCCUCAGCCAUGUGGUGAAUGUGACAGUUGUAAAACCAGGGAUAACUGUGGUACCUGCGAGGUUUGUAGGAGUCCGAAAUUCAAGCAGGCUCGCAGCCGACAACAUUGUUUACUCAAAGGGAAGAUGUGCCUGGCGAAUGAUUCUGAUUUCCAACAGCCUUGGAGGCAACAAUCAUCGAGAGGUCGGUAUGCCCCACCAUGUGGUGAGUGCGAGAAUUGCAAAACGAAGGGGAAUUGUGGAACUUGCGAAGUAUGUCGAAGUCCAAAGUUUAAGCAAGGCCGAAGUCGUCAGUAUUGCCUAUACAGAGCAAAAAUAUGCCUUGGCAAUGGGCUUCAGAGGCAAUCGUCAAAAAUUUCUAGCCAAAGUCACCUGCCCGAUCCCGACUAUGAGACUCAUUUCGAUGACUUCGCCUCAUCCACGCGUUUCUCUUCGGGAGGGCGUAAGGGUGCACCGAUGAUUGGGAGCAAAAUGCGUAGGGGUGAUCAUUUGCCCGGUGGUGGUAUUGGUCCUUCAGGCCGCCUUGCUCAUGAUCCCCAGUUUCCCAGGCGCGGUCCCCACUCGGAUUUGAACCUCCUGGAUAGCUCCGACUUUGUUGACGCUUACAGCAUUUCUCCUACUCAUCGCACCGAUCGCAAUGGCUCAUCGCGUUUUGUUGGUCCUAAUAGUCGUCAGAAUGACCUUGACUCGCGGGUUAUGCGCAAUGUUGGUGGCAUAAUGGAUACCGACGAUCUUCUGGCACCUGCCGACGCUCCCCCUAACUACGAUUCCGACGAAGAUGUUGUUCUACCUGAAAUGCGUCCUUGUGCUGGUCCUGCGUGUUCCAAACCCGCAAUCCGUUCGAGAUACUGCUCGGAGGAAUGCCAAUUGCGCCAUGAAAGUGACAGCAUUAACAGGAUGCACACAUCAUCCCGCUGUUCCAGUGUAAAGGACCAGAUCAAAACUCCAUAUGCUUUGCCCUAUCCGGACCAUCUAUACUGUCGACAUCAUCGCAUGUACAGUUCUCAAGUCUAUAAUGUGGACACAUCCCUAGGCGCACAGCAGAGUGGCUCGUCCGUUUCAGAUAUGUACUCCGAUGUUUACACCACCUUUGUAAGCAGUAACCAAUCUGCGGUCAUGGAUUAUGCCUACGAUCCAAUGGCAGGCUCUUCUCAGAUGCCAACUGGGUACAGACGGUUGUCUGCGGCACAGGGCAAUGGUCCAGAUGACUACUUUGCUACAUAUCCUCAAGGCAACCAUGUUUCCAAAGUUGGUUCUGGUGGUCAUUCACGCAAAUUCCCCAGUCUGGAGGAUAUGCGUGGUCGUGGCCUGCAAUCUACACAUCUGGUCGGGAGUCGAAUGCUGCCGCUCACUGGCCGCCGGCAGGUGCAUUCAUCACUGGGCACUGUUGUUGGUGGGAGCGGCAGCUCUGGUAGUGGUGACGUCCUCUCCCCAGUUCCACUAGAAUCUAUAACCCCCACAAUGCAGUCCAUUCGCAUGUAUAAUGGUCAUUUGGGCGGUGGACCGCCCGACUAUCGUGUGAAUUCGGGUGACGGGGAGAGUGCGGCUGCCGCAGAGUUACUGACAGCGGAUGCUAACGAUCUGAUAGAUGUGGAUGGUACUUCCUCGUCGGGAGUUGGCGGUGGCAGUAUGAACGCGGUCGCAUCGGCUGGUGCUCCCACUUUCAGACAAGGCGAUGAGUACUAUAUGAUGAAUGAAAACGAAAAUAUUGAGAUAAAUUGGCCAACUUCUCCGGGAGGUGUGGCCACUGCUUCGGCUGGCACUGUUUAA